AUGAGCAAGACAAAUGUUGGUGACUCGGCCACGGAGAAACAAGAACUGAAUGAACAUGAACAACAUUACUUCACCUCUUAUGACCAUUAUGGUAUCCACGAAGAAAUGCUUCAAGAUUCCGUCCGGACGCUAUCCUACAGAAACGCCAUUGUCCAAAACAAAGACUUAUUCAAGGAUAAGAUUGUGUUAGACGUUGGGUGCGGAACAGGUAUUCUGUCGAUGUUUGCUGCCAAAAGUGGAGCCAAGCAUGUAAUUGGUGUGGACAUGUCCAGCAUCAUCGAGAUGGCUCGUGAGAUUGUGGAACUCAAUGGCUUCUCGGACAAAAUCACUUUACUUCGCGGUAAGUUGGAAGACGUCGAAUUACCAUACCCCAAAGUUGACAUCAUCAUUUCAGAAUGGAUGGGUUAUUUCUUGUUAUACGAGUCCAUGAUGGACACCGUGCUGUUUGCUCGUGACCGCUACCUUGUUGAAGGCGGUUUGAUCUUUCCUGAUAAAUGCUCUAUUCACAUUGCCGGUAUUGAAGACUCUCAAUAUAAGGCUGAGAAAUUGAAUUACUGGCAAAACGUUUAUGGAUUUGAUUACUCUCCUUUCAUCCCAUUAGUAAAAAGAGAACCUUUGGUGGACACCGUUCAGCACAGUUCUGUCAACACCACCAGAGUGAAAUUAAUUGAAUUUGACUUGAACACAAUCACAGUUGCCGAUCUGGCUUUCAAAGCCAAGUUUAAGUUGCAGGCCAAGGGACAAGACUUUAUUAAUGGGCUCAUUAGUUGGUUUGAUGUUGAAUUUCCUACCUCGAAAGGUAAGAAGCCUGUGACAUUUUCGACUGGUGCUCACGCUCCUUACACUCAUUGGAAGCAAACCGUAUUCUAUCUAGAGGACGAUCUAGAGUGUGAAAAGGAUGAAAUCUUAGAGGGUGAGCUUACUUGCACGCCUAACAAGUCUAACAACAGAGACUUGGAUGUGAAGAUCGACUACAGCUUCAAAGCCAGAGGUGCCGAGGCUAAUCAAAGGUCCAAAAAGAACCAAAACUUGUAUUUGAUGCAUUGA